AGAACACAAAUUAAUUCAAUCAAUCGGAUUAAGAAUCACUUGUAUUGUCUCGAGUUCGGGAUCUUGAAUUAGUCGAAAGUGUUUUUAGCAAAUUAAAAAACCAAUUAUCAACGGUUAAUAGUUCAAACUAUUAUUUGAAAUAAAUUACGACGGAUUUUUCAAACAUGCUAAACUAUCAGCAGCAAUUGCAUUCGCUGCCCGUCGGCAAUCCGGGAAAUUUCUACUACGGACCGACGGGAUCGCUCUCUCUAACGGUUUCCGGCGAGAUAUAUUCUAACCAACAGUCGCACAAUCCAGAGGCCGAGGACAAACUGAUUGAUCGCGAAGAGAGUGCUCGAAAUAUGGAGAAAAUGCACAGAUUCUCAGUUGAUAAUAUCAUGGAAAUGAAGCACGAUGCCUAUGCCAAAAGCAAAAUGUCCUUGGAACUCAAUAACAACUACGGAGGAAGUGGAGGUGGCAGUGGAGCUGGCUGCUCCGGAAAUCUCCCAGUUGGCCACUCGAGGAAGCCGCGCCGCAAUCGCACCACCUUCAGCUCCGCCCAGCUAACCGCCUUGGAGAAGGUUUUCGAGAGGACCCACUAUCCGGACGCCUUUGUUCGCGAGGAGCUGGCCACCAAGGUGCAUCUCAGCGAGGCCAGAGUUCAGGUUUGGUUUCAGAAUCGGCGGGCGAAAUUCCGGCGAAACGAGAGGAGCGUCGGUUCGAGGCCUCUGCUGGAUGCUGCUCCUCAGCUGGUGCCGGCGCCCAUUAGCAAUAAUAUGCACAAAUAUGCCAAUCUGCCCCACCCACCGCCACCGCCGCCCCCCGGGGCGUAUGCCCUAAAUUUUGGGCCUCUGGAGCUGCGUUCGUGCCAAAAUUAUACGAACUGCUAUGGAGGAUUCACUGCGAAUCCGUCGUCCAACAGCGGGGUCUGCUCCUUCUUCGGGGCCACAAACUACUGUGUGGCGGCCAACUAUGCGAAGAACGCCUAUCCGCCGCUUUGAUGACGAGGGCUAGCUGCUGCUUUAAUGGGCCCCCAGAGGUUACUUCAUGCAUAUGUAUUUCAAUUAGCCAAAUUGCAUUAAUGCUUAAAAGUGUAUUAAGUCUAACCUAUUCGCCUACCUGACUAAUAUUUAUAUUUAUACGAUACCCACACAGAUGUGACACGCACUGAA